AUGCUCUCCUGGUCACUUCUCUUCGGGUCCUCCCAAUGUGGAAAGUGUCCAGUUCUUCUACUAAACUCCCUUCACCAACUCCAUGGAAGACGUGUCCGAAAUGUAAUCCCGGAAUGGAGAAGAACACAUUGGGAGUCUGUGAAAGAAAGAUUAUUAUCCGGAUGGGAAUUUUCGAAUAGAUCUAAAACUGCCUACGUGACUCCGUUGUUAGUGGCGAGUCGAUUGGAUUCAAUCACUACGAGUAGGACUCAUGGGAACACGAGUUUGGGUGAUGAGGUGUUGGAGUAUGACAGCCACGACAACACGUCCCGCCCACUGGACGUCUUCUUUUGGUUCGACCCGGUUGCAUCGCUCUCUUCCACGUGUCCGAAUGGUAAUCAACUCGUAGUUGUUGCUCGUUGUCUCCCAACCAAAAAACAAAUGGAAAUGCGUCUUCCACACAGUUGUCCCGAUGGAACAUGUGAUGGAUGUCUAUUCUUGGUGAUCAUGGAAACUGCGCAGGCGUGUCCAGUUUGUGAAUCGAAUGACUAUGAGACGAUCAAUGGAGAAUGUGUUAAUGGGAAGCAGACGAUUCAUAGUAUUCCGAAAAAGCACCACAAUUUUUAUUUGAUUCAAAGGAUUACAAUUGCUCGUAGGACAUGUGGUGGGUCCGGAAUAGAUAAACCAUCGUGGAAUCCACAUCGAAUAUGGUUAUCAGAGCCAACCUCGAUUCAUUGCGGAGUUGCGAAUACGUCCCCUCCGUGUCUAUGUAAAGAGGCCACGAAGAACCAACACUGA